CGCGCUGUAAGCGUAGCCGAGCGUCCAGGCGCGGGCUGCAGGGGCCGAGCAGCAGCAGCGACUACCCCUAACAGCGGCGAGCGAGGGUGCUACGCAGGGCCGCGGGCUGAACUGGCUAGGGGCGGUCGGUUCCCCGGCACUUCAGAGAAUACGGCCUUCUCCUGAGUUGGGUCUCCUGGCAGUGGGAGCGGACUCCGCUCGCGCCCCCUCAGCCUCCGGCCUUCAAGCGGCUGAGGGCGGCCUACGUGCUAGCCGGCGCCCGCGUGCAGCCUGUGCCCUGCUGGAAUUCUGCCGUCCCGCCGUGGCCCGUGGUUCUGCCCGCUGGUUGCUGCAGCUAUGCUGCCCGCCGGCGCAGGGAAGAAGGGGGCGGGGAGAAGUCCUGGCACAUGCCAGGGUCGCCGUAGGUGUCGGUGGCCAGCGCAUGCGCGCCGUCUCCCAGAAGCCUGGAACGCGGAGGGGCGCGCGCCCGCUCACGCUGGCCGCGGCUUCCCCGCCUGCGCUUGUUGUCAGAGCCGCUCCGGCGCGUGCGCGCCUUAUCUCCGGCUGACCCGAGUGGCCGGUUCCCUCGGCUCCAGGCCCACCCCGCCCGCCCCCGCCCGCCCCCGCCCGGCCCCCAGCCAACCCGUCCCCUUCCUCUCUCCGCGGAAUGGGGCCGGCGCUGCUCGGGGUCGCGCGCCCUGGACCCGGCUCGCGCUCGGUCUCGCGCUGUCAGCUACUGCCCGGCUCGCGCCGCCUCGCGCUCUCCCUCAGUCAGUGGCGCCGAAGGCUCCGUUAAGCAGCGGCUGCGGUUCCUGUUUCCGUUCCUUCCUCUCCUUUCAGUCGGGAGUAGCAUCCUCCACCCAGCCACCCCUCCCACUUCCCCGGCGUGGGGCAGCUGCUGCUGAGGGCUGUGGCGGUGGCGACGGCGGACGGCGGAGACCGCCUCUGCUCCCGCCUCCGGUUGCUGCUUUUGCUCAGAGGGUACCCAUGACCCUGAUUGUGUUUUCAUUCAAGAUAAAGUGAUUUAUUGCCUUUACUGGUUAACUGAACAAAUUUAGGACCUGAGAUUCUACAUUUCCAACAAGCUCCUUAAGGGAGGCUGAAGAUGUUGGUUCCUCUACCAAACUUUCUUCUUCCUUCCCUGCUUUGAGAACCACUGGUUAGCCUUGGAUCCAUUGUUGUACACGACUUUGGAUGGCCGAGUGGAUCUUGCUGCGUUGCCUGGAUUAUUAGAGUGCAGUGGCAUCAUCAUAAUUCACUACAACCUCAAACUCCUGGGCUCAAGUGAUCCUCCUGCCUCAGCCUCCUGAAUACCUGGAACCAAAGCAUGUAGAGUCCAUGAAGCACAGGACAGUAAAGCUUCCUACUCAUAUCACCAAAAGGAUCUCUUUGAAAGAUUUGCCACAGUACUAUCAGAAUAAUUUGAAGCUUCAUGUGUUCACCAACAGAAGUCUGUGACCUGGGCACUAACUAGAAACAGCGUUACAAUGUUUUCAAUUAUUUGAGCUCCAGGAAUCCAGGGGAGUGAGUUGAAAAUCUGAAAAUGCGGCCAUGGACAGGUUCCUGGCGUUGGAUUAUGCUCAUUCUUUUUGCCUGGGGGACUUUGCUAUUUUAUAUAGGUGGUCACUUGGUACGAGAUAAUGACCACCCUGAUCACUCUAGCCGAGAACUGUCCAAGAUUCUGGCAAAGCUGGAACGCUUAAAACAGCAGAAUGAAGACUUAAGACGAAUGGCUGAAUCUCUCCGAAUACCAGAAGGCCCCAUUGAUCAGGGACCAGCUACAGGAAGAGUACGUGUUUUAGAAGAGCAACUUGUUAAGGCCAAAGAACAGAUUGAAAAUUACAAGAAACAAACCAGAAAUGGUUUGGGGAAGGAUCAUGAAAUCCUGAGGAGGAGGAUAGAAAAUGGAGCUAAAGAGCUCUGGUUUUUCCUACAAAGUGAACUAAAGAAAUUAAAGAACUUAGAAGGAAAUGAACUCCAAAGACAUGCAGAUGAAUUUCUUUUGGAUUUGGGACAUCAUGAAAGGUCUAUAAUGACAGAUCUAUACUACCUCAGUCAGACAGACGGAGCAGGUGAUUGGCGGGAAAAAGAGGCCAAAGAUCUGACAGAUCUCGUCCAGCGGAGGAUAACAUAUCUUCAGAAUCCCAAGGACUGCAGCAAAGCCAAGAAACUGGUGUGUAAUAUCAACAAAGGCUGUGGCUAUGGCUGUCAGCUCCAUCAUGUGGUCUACUGCUUCAUGAUUGCAUAUGGCACGCAGCGAACACUCAUCUUGGAAUCUCAAAAUUGGCGCUAUGCCACUGGUGGAUGGGAGACUGUGUUCAGACCUGUAAGUGAGACAUGCACAGACAGAUCUGGCGUCUCCACUGGACACUGGUCAGGUGAAAUGAAGGACAAAACUGUUCAAGUGGUUGAGCUCCCCAUUGUAGACAGUCUCCAUCCGCGUCCUCCAUAUUUACCCUUGGCUGUACCAGAAGACCUCGCAGAUCGACUUGUACGUGUCCAUGGUGAUCCUGCAGUGUGGUGGGUGUCUCAGUUUGUCAAAUAUUUGAUCCGCCCACAACCUUGGCUAGAAAAAGAAAUUGAAGAGGCUACUAAGAAGCUUGGCUUCAAACAUCCAGUUAUUGGAGUCCAUGUUAGACGCACAGACAAAGUGGGAACAGAAGCUGCCUUCCAUCCCAUUGAGGAGUAUAUGGUACAUGUUGAAGAACAUUUUCAGCUUCUCGCACGAAGGAUGCAAGUGGACAAAAAAAGAGUGUAUUUGGCCACAGAUGACCCUUCUCUAUUAAAGGAGGCAAAAACAAAGUACCCCAAUUAUGAAUUUAUCAGUGAUAAUUCUAUCUCCUGGUCAGCUGGACUACAUAAUCGAUACACAGAAAAUUCACUUCGGGGUGUGAUCCUGGAUAUACAUUUUCUCUCUCAGGCAGACUUCUUAGUGUGUACUUUUUCAUCUCAGGUCUGUCGAGUUGCUUAUGAAAUCAUGCAAACAUUGCAUCCUGAUGCCUCUGCAAACUUCCAUUCUUUAGAUGAUAUCUACUAUUUUGGAGGCCAAAAUGCUCACAACCAGAUUGCCAUUUAUCCUCAUCAACCUCGAACUUCAGAUGAAAUCCCCAUGGAACCUGGAGAUAUUAUUGGUGUGGCUGGAAAUCAUUGGGAUGGCUAUUCUAAAGGUAUCAACAGAAAACUGGGAAGGACGGGCCUAUAUCCCUCCUACAAAGUCCGAGAGAAGAUAGAAACAGUCAAGUACCCCACAUAUCCUGAGGCUGAGAAAUAAAGUUCAAAUGGAAGACAUGGACACCUAACUGAGUUCAAACUAUUUGAGCCAAACAGUGGAUGAAGAGGGUCCUAAUCUAAUAUCAUACGGUUAAAUGAGUACACACCUUCAGCACCAAGAGCAGCGGAGGCUUCAGUGGUGGAAUUCCUCUUUAACAAGAGCUGCAAUGCCCUUGAACCCAUGCACAGUACAAUAAUGUACUCACAUACAACAUGCAAACAGGUUGUUUUCUACUUUGCCCCUUCUUUCAAUUUUACGUCCUCAUGAAACAAACACUGCCACAUUGUGUAAAUUAAGUGACACAGAUGUUUUGUGUGAGACUUCAAAACAUGGUGCCUAUAUCCGAGAGACCUUUGUGACCUAUUGUGAAGUCCAGAACAGCUCCCUACAGUGGGGAAUUUGAUUCUUAGUCAGUGUUGGUAUUGUGACCACUGAAUUCACUCCAACCAACAAAUGCAGAAGGAGAAUGGAUGCUCUUCCCUUUAUAAGGUUGUCUGGAUUUUUUUUUUUAAGUAAUUGCAUCAGUUCAUCCACCUCAUCAUUAAUAAGUAAAGGAUACAUCAGAAAAUAAAAUAUUCACUCUCCAUUAGAAACUUUUGUAAAACAAUGCCAUGAACAAAUUCUUUAGUACGCAAUGUUUCUGGAAAUUCUCUUUGAUAACAAAAAAUAAAUUUUAAAAAAGAACUUUGUAAAGUUUCUAUA